AUGCGAAACGACUAUGCAGAUUUAAAGAAAGAAGCAGAGAAACCAGCAGAAGAUAAAAUGGACAUGUUGACAUUUCUGAACAAAAACUAUCCAACAGCUGACGAUUUCCUUCUAUCUGAUGUCAAGAAGAAAUAUAAAGAAACAUUCGGCAUUGUUAAAACUUUUGACAUACUGACAGAAGAAAUAGAAGCUACAAAACUGUUUAGGAUUUCAAAUAUACAUCGUACAAUUCAUGUAAAACGCUUGUGA